UGCUGAAUGGUCUGUGUGUCGUGGAACGAACGAGACGGAGUUCCGUCAGGUGCCAGGUCUGUGAGGCCGAUCACUUUUCAUAUAAUAUUUCUAAGGGUAUCCGGACAUUUUGUCAUAUGGUUCUCUAGGAUGUCUCGACAGAGGCACAUUUGCCAAAAAAAAUAAAAUAAAAAAAUGUUCACAUAAAAUUGCAUCAUCAUCAUCAUCACGAUGGAAAGAGUGUGUAUGUGUAGGGUAUGGGUGUGUGGGGAGAGAGAAAGAGAGGAAAGUGUGCCCGUGGCGUGUGAGCUGUCUGUAAGAGAGAAGGAGAGAGCGAGAGGCUAUUACCCGCCCACCCACGCUAUCCAAACAGCGCAGAAUCAAAUGUCACCACAAGGCGCUUGAUUCACUGCCGCCAUCCGCUUGUCGCUCAAAGACCACGACUUCUCCCUCGGUGCCACCGCGGCCCCACGCGCAGGUUUCCCCACCCCACCCCUCACCUCACCUCUCAACCUCCUCCUCCCUUCCUCCUCCUCCUCCUGCAGACUCGGGCGCUGAAGUUGGGUGACGCCCACGGCACGAGCACGGCGCGCGCAGUUCCAGUCCUCCAGGCACGUGCUUGCCUUGCUUACAACGCCGCCGCCAAGACGAGGCUGGGGCUCCGCUAACUGAUUAGCACUGCGCGCUGGACCAGCGUGUAAAACGACAAGUUUUGUCAGCACGUGCCAGCAUGUGUACCUCUGAAAGACUGGACUGCCAGGACACAGCGUUGAACUGCAAACGAAAAUGAGAUCCUCCACAAUUAUUGCAGGAUAUCUUCUAUUCAUUGAUUUCGUCUCUGGAAAACUAUUCACACCAGAGUGGAAUCUGUUUCAAAUUUUGCUUGCUUAGUUUUUAGGGUGAUCCUAUUCGAAAAAUUUACAUGAGAUGGAGGCAUCCAGUCCUUGCCCGCAUCGACUGACUCUCAGCUACCUCAAUGAUUUCGCUUUUCUGGUGUUGAGAGACUGAAUAAAAUCUCUGAAUGAAAUAACGGAGGAAAUAUUUUAAUUUCAAAUACACUAGCCCCGGGAUAAUGCAGUAAAAUUAAUUAUUUAGAGUUUCAAAUCAAACUUUUGGUUAUUGGGCCUUUAUCUCAUAAAUAAGGUAAAUAAGACAACUGACAAGUUGGAUGAUAGAAAGAAUAUGAUUUUUAAGCCUUACAAAGUUAAAGUCAGUCAUAAAUAAAUAAAAACUCAUCCAUCUGAUUACAUGUUUGAAAACAGCUGUAGGAAACACAUUGUAGAAGGGAGGACUUGAUCCCGCGCUUCUGAGGUGAGGGAGGGGGACGUAGACGAUGUGCACGUGUCUGGAUGAGAACAAGUAGUGCGUUGGGCCACACACACUCUGGCAAGCCAAGACUCGAAAGUUUCCAUGGCAACAGUCUCGCAAACAGAUCGCGCAGAAAGUAUCAUGGCUGCCUGCAGGGCACAUCCACCCCUCUGGACAGGAACGACCAUUUGACCUCUUCUGACCUUGAUGACGUCACCAUGCCGCAAGCGCCUCAUGGGCUUUACGUCAAUCUGACGUCGUCCAGCCGUCCCAGCGGCUUCUUCGCGGUCUGGGCGGCCACGGUUCCCAUGGUGACCGUCUCUGUGGUGACGUUGGCCGCCAACGGCACGGUGUUGCUGAUGUUCGUGCUGCGGCCCAGCCUGCGGCGAGGCAAGAACGCCUACAUCGCCUCCCUGGCUCUGGCCGACUUUCUCAUCGGGUGCUACAUGCCCCUCCUGGCCCUGGAGGAGGUGGGGCUGGUGGCCAUGGGGAGGGGUUGCGAGUGCCGGAUGUACGUCACGGGCCAGCAGGCGCUGGUCUACGUCUCGCUGCUCAGCAUCCUGCUCAUCACGUUGGACAGGUGCUGGUCCUUGCGGGCGCCCUUCUCCUACCGCGCGCACCACACGCGCCGCCUGGCGGCCUCUCUCGUCAGCGCCGUCUGGACGGUCAGCGUCGUCAUCUACGCCCUCCCCAUCUUUCUCUGGAACACCAGCCGAGACGAAGAUAACAACCACGACGAUCACCACCACAGCCACGGCCACGACAUCGCAGAGGAAUGCGGCGUGCCGUACGCGGACAGCCUGGGAGUGGUGGCAGUGAUGAGUGGCUUGCUGUACCUACUUCCACUGGCCGCCAUGUGGGCCGUCAACUGCGCCCUCUACACGGCUGUUCGCCAGCGCCGCAGCGUGGAAGUGCGGCGUUCUGUGUCCGUCACCGACACCUUCUUUGUCACCGUCCGCAACUGCAGCGCCACCAAAGCCAUCAUGGUCAACGACAACAAGCCAACCAUACAGAUCACAGAGGCGCCAUCCAUCGCCUCUCCGCCCUCAGGAGAGCAUCCAGGUGCCAUGUUGCCGUUGCUCCCGAUGGGCAGCACUCGCAGUCUCGCCAGCUCCCACAGCAUGACCAGCAGUCACAGCGGCAACGACCUGACCCUAUGCCCUGGCUCAGCCGGCCGCACGGGCCGACGUCACAGCUGUGCUGUCACCAGCCUGUCCCCGCAGCUGCACACGGGCAGCCCCAUUAGCCAGCGUCGCAUCUCGCUCCCCGACAGUCUGCUGCGCGGCCACUUCUCUCCUGCCUGCAGCACCACCGACUGCCGACACGUGGGCCGCAAGUGGUCGGCCAGCACGGCGUCCGGCAUGGUGGGGUCUGGCGCUCUGGGGGCGUCCAGCGGGGUGCUGGGCAGCGGCGGAGUGUACGACGGGGGUCAUCUCCCGGGCAACGACCUGGUGCGCGAGGUGCUGGUGAAGCAGGACCGCCGGGUAGCGUGCUGUCUGGGGCUGUUGCUCACCACGUGCACCUUGUGUUGGCUGCCGGAAGCCUUCCUGUCGCUGCUGCACGCGCAUUGUCCCACGUGCCUCCCUCGCGCCGCACACGCCAUGGCGCGCUGGCUGCUGCUGGCCAACUCCGCCGUCAACCCCUUCCUGUACGGACUCCUGCACGCGCAGUUCCGCAACGUCGCGCGCCAGUGGUUCCUGAUCGGCCCCAUCAAGCGCUACCGCUUCCGCGACACCAACCGCUACCUGGGUGUCAACAAGCCCACCGCGGACCACUACAGCGAAGCGGAAGGAAGCGAUGACUAGCGGAAGUGACGUCUACCGGAAGCUUGAAGACCUUUCGCGCAAGCUCUGAGAAGCACCAUUCGUGUGAUGGUUGAAGGAAGGACGGACAGACACAUGCUGUUUCUGUGUUUCAUCAGUCACGGACUGUGUCAUCCACCCGUGUUAUUCUAGACUGUCAACCUGUUGGUGAUGGCAGUGGGUCAGUCUGUGACAUGUAACUCUGAGCACGUGAGAUAGAGGGCGCUCAGAGAAUAUUGUGACAAUCUUUCCUUCAUUGCUGACCCUCGUUCUGUGACACUACAAACGCAAGAGUUGAAGCCAGGCAGCAGCUACGACUUAGGAGUCUCCAAUGUCUCCUGCGGUUCGAAUCGAAGAACACAGAUUUGUUUCAACACAAUUUGUGAAAAUUCUUAAUUAAUAAAAAAUAAUGUAUUUUGUUCUAGAACCUACUGAGGUUAAGUAGACUGGACUAUCACAUGAAGUGCGUGGAACUUUUGAAUAAAAAAAAGGCGAGUGAGAAUCUUGAUACUCAUCUUUCUCUUAAUUACUCUUCUGGGAAAAUGCCAGACUGAAAACAUUCCGGUUUAAAGUGUUGAAGCUACAUUAUUAAAGGUCAAGAGGUUUGCGGAGGUAGAAACUCUCGUCUGAUGGUUGAUAGGAUGAGAAAAAAAGGCUUGCUCGAGCUGUUGACCAUCUGUCUGUCUCUGAGGUUGAAGGCAGUACAAAAAAUGUCUUGGGUCCGCGUCAGCUGGUAGCAGCUCAUAGAGCGAGUACCUGCCACGAACCAAGAACAAGAAUAUUAUGAAGAGCGGGGGGAACCAUACCAUGUGUACUCGUCAUGGAUCUCUGAGACUGUUUACUUCUUGACCUCUGCGUGUCUUCUACACAGACUUCAAGAAUCUUCACGAGCUCCCAACCCCUUCUAUCCUCUCUCUGAUGAAGUACUGGUGCUCUUCUCAGCCUGAAACAGGAACCUGGUUGUGACAUCAUCAGUGUACAACACCGCCAUCAAGCCCCGACCUCAUGACUGCGCUGUUGGUUUUCAGUCGGGAAACCUCAUUGUCAGGCCGACGAUUUCAAAAUAUGAGAAAUUUGUCGUGUUUUAAUUCAUUGUUUGUUUAUUGUUGUUGCGUGGAUAACAGCUGGCAAGUAGCCACAAACAAUUCUCACCACAAAACUUAAGGAUGCCCAAAUAAAAUGUUUCCAAUGUAAGGAUGCCUUCAAGCUUCAGUGUGGGACUGACCAAUCGUCACCAGUAACAACGUGUCGGUCACGUUGCGAACAGCACGUGUCACGUUGCUGUCUCGCCGUCUAUGCGCUUGCCAGUCACGUGACCACCGUGCCACAUGUCUUCACCGUCGGAUGUUGUGUUCAGUGACGCUUGCCAGUCACGUGACCCUGUGUCGCUAGUGGUUUGUGGUUUAUGUGCCGUCCUUGCCCUCUUCAUUGUCAUUUCGCACGUUUCCCAUGUCAGCUCCUCGUUUAACGACCCACCCGAAAACAUGUGAUGUAAACAGUCAUUAAACAUCAUCGCAAAUAACCUUGUUGCA